GCCGGGGUCAUUUCAGUCCAGCCGCCGCUUAUAGUUGUCACAGGUCAUAUCGGUACUAGAAAGUGAGACCAGAAUGGCGGGACGUCUUCUUCUCCGAGCUAGUGUAACAACAACACUGCAGCUGAGGAGCAAUGUGGUGGUCAGACCUCUACACCGUGCCAUGGCCACCGUGAGAGGAGUGCCAACAGAUGAUGAACAGGCCACUGGACUGGAGCGACGCGCCCUGCAGGCCUUCAAAAAGGGACAGGAUCCCUACAGUAUUCUGAAGCCCAAGACGUAUGCCGGCACCAAGGAGGACCCUCACAUUGUGCCAUGCAUUGGAACCAAGAGGCUUGUUGGCUGUCUUUGCGAGGAAGACAACACUGCUAUUGUGUGGUUCUGGCUUCAUGAGGGAGAUUGCCAACGCUGUCCUUCUUGUGGUUCCCACUAUAAGCUGGUCCACCAUGAGCUGCCCCACUGAAAUGAAAAUAAGCACAAGCUCUGUACAGACGGGACAACACAGAGAUCCAUGCCUUCUUUAUGGCCAUAUACUGCAAUGUGUGCAUAUCAGUUAUCAUUAAAAUGUAUAUCUGAACUGAA